GGAGGAUGGACAAAUGGGCGAGCACUCGGCUGUUUCCUCCUCUUCCUCAGGAGCAGCAGCAGCAGCAUGGGAGGAUACAUCCGCAGCAGCAGGUGUUGCUGCAACCGCGGCGACAGAAAGGGAGCAGCGGCGGCAGACAGUUACGAGUCAGCACUUAUCAGCAGCCUUAGGCGCCGCUCUUUCUGCUUGCAGCAUUAACCCCACCUCCUCUCGCUCCAACCCACUCUCCUUUCCUGGCCCCUCUCCCCGUCGCUCCCCCCAGGGCCUCACAUCUCUGAAUAUCUCCGACUGCCCUCUCAUCACCAACCGUGGCCUGCAGGCAUUCCUGCGCUCCCCUCCCAUUGCAUCCUCCCUCGCUUCCCUCGACAUCUCCUGCUGCUGCCUCAUCUCUUCGCCCGGCCUCAACCUGCCCCACUCUCUCACCGCCCUCCGCCACUUGUCCGCUUCCCAUUUGCCGCUACUCGAGUCCCUCACCCUGCUCCUCCCGCGCACCUGCCCGCUCGAAGAAAUCUCUUUUUCCUGCUGCCCGGUGCUUCAGAAGCUGACCGUCCACUCGCGCUCUCUCUGCUCUCUCAACCUCGCGGGCUGCCGCAAACUUUCUUCCCUGUCCCUCAUCUGCCCGGCUCUCUCCUCCCUCAUCCUCUCCCAGUGCUCCUCCCUCGAAACAUUUUCCCCAGCUGACCGCUGCCUGGCUUUAAAGUCCAUAAACGCGUUCCUCUGCCGCUCCCUCCCUGCCUCCACUCUCAUGACCCUCCUCACGCAUGCUAAAGACCUAGAAGAAGUCAACUGCGGUGGCUGCGCGUUACUGGAGUCCGUGCGGUUACCGCCAGUAACGCACGGGAGGGUGAGGCGGGUGAUGCUGGAAGGGUGUCCCGUGCUGUGCUCUGUGGUGGUGCCUGCAGCUUCGCUGCUGCUGCUGGACUGCAGGGGGUGCAGUCGGCUCCGGGAGGCGAGUGUGAGUGGGUGUGCGCUGCUGCCCCGGGAGACUCAGCGAGUGCUCAAGAGCCUCACCAAGCUUGCCAGAGGAACUGCUUGACCCCGCCAUGGUAUAAUGACAUCGAUUGUGCAGCCCCCCUUCGCUCAUCAGAUGUGGUGCUAGUCUGUGAGGGAAGGCGGUAUUGCGACUACCCUAUCGCAAAUGCCCUUAAUAUCA